UUUGCCACGUUAAGUCCGAUUUUAUUUUAUCGCGUAAAAAGCGGUCGCGAGUGUCGUUUGCAAUUUUUGUCGUUGCUGCUGCCUGUCAGUUCACGGUUGUUGUUUGAUCUUGCUGUCGGCGUUUAGUGAAAUCCACGCCAAACCAAAUCAAAGCGCGUUCGUUCGUUUCUAAACGGAAAAUCAUCUGUUGCGUCUCGUUGCGGACACACCGUUUUUCCGUAACGGAAUUGUGAUUUUUGUGUGAACUUGCACCUGAACGACAUCCAAAAGAAUCCAGCUGGGAAAAAUGGCCGUCAGCAAGCUGUCUAUCAUCAAAUUUCUGGAGCUGGCCCUCACGCUCAGCUGCCUGGUGCUGCACUACAAAAGUCUGGGCGAGACCGAUGAGCUGACGAUAAUGCUGGUGUCCGGAACCUUCGUCGGGUACAGCAUCAUCCUGAUCGGCCUGUUCGCUGGGUAUCUGAUCAACAGUCCGAUCAACAAGAAGAUCGACAUCUUCUUCAGUCUGCUGGCCUGUGCCAUGUUCGUCGCUUCCGGUGUGCUGGUCCUGCAGGCCUGGGAAAGUGGUUUCAAAACCGACCGCCGGCGAAUGGCUAUCUCCAAGGGCUCGCUGGCCAUCAUCAACGGGGUGCUGUUCUUCUUCGAUGCCGUCUUCACCUUCCGGGAGUAGAUUUUCGGGGCCGGCCUUUCCCGCAUUUUGCGGUCAAAAAUGGUUUUGAAAAAACUAAACGGAAAGUUUUGGUGGAACAAACAUUUCGGAGAUCUGAAUUCUUAUAUGUAUAAUUUUCUUUUAUAGAAACCGUAAUGCUAAGACGCUAGUUUUUUAAGAUGAAGCCCGAAAUAUUCAUGUACAACAUCGUAUCGUAUCAUGGUCUUAAUUUGAACAGUUAUCAUACGAUAAAACAAAAUGUCCAAUUGUGCAAUAUUCCCGGAGAGUUUGGUUUCAAGUUUGGAAGCAGUAAAAAAAACCUGUAACAGAACGGACAAGGCUUAAGAAACGCUAAACAGUUGUAGAAUUUAAGCAGCAAAAAUGAAACGGCCAAACCAACAAAAACGUGUGUGAAAUCUAUGUCAGUAGCUUUUAAAAAUCAACCACAAAACAAGCUUGUGGCGCCACCUUGGACCACCGUAGAACCGAGGCGC